GUAUAUAGUUCACGGUUCGGUGACCACUAUGAAAAGCGCUAUGUUUUGAAUAGUAAACGAUUUCGCUUGAAACACAUGUGGAAGUAUUGGAUAUUUACGAUAAACAAAUUUUAUUCAAAUGUAAAAAUUUAAAGAUGGCUUCACCCGAAUCAGAGGAUGAAAAGUGGCCAGAUAUUUCUAGUGAAAAUAGGAUUAAACAUGAAAUAUUAUUCUAUAGUCAAGGACCAGUUGAUGGCUAUCUCAUUGGUGAAGAAGCCAGAGAUUUAUUCCUUCAUUCAAGGCUACCAAUCACAGUACUUAGUAAAAUUUGGAAUCUGGCUGAUGUUAGCAAUGACAAUCUUCUAAAUGUACACGAGUUUGUUCUCUGUAUGCACUUGAUACAGGAAGUCCUUAAAGGGAGAAAACCGCCAGGAGACUUGCCAGAAAAUCUUAAGCCAAAAAUGUCUGCACCUGUGGACUUGCCAGCAAUAACUUCCAUUGAAAGAGAAGCCUAUGUUAAAGUGUUCCAGACAGUUGAUGAUAAAAGAAAAGGUUAUUUAGAAGCAUUAGAAGUAAGACCGUUGUUCCAAGCUUCCAUGUUACGACCAGAGAUACUUGCCAAAGUGUGGGACCUCUCAGAUAUAAAUAAAGAUGGCGUUUUGGAUUCUGAUGAAUGGACUAUAGCUUGUCAUCUCAUUAGACUUAUAAAACAAGGAAAUGAACUAGAUGGGAGUGUGAACCCUUUCAUUUGCCAUCCUGACAAAAUUUCUCCUAUUUCACUGCAAGCCAGAAAAUCCAGGGUCAGCAAAUAUGAACAGCACAAGCAGAGGCUUAUGUCUUUAAAGGAAAAGAGGAAAAAUCAGAGCUUACAAGAAAAAAAAAGACUUGAUUUACUGAAGGAAAAAGUGAACAUUGAAAAAGAAUUGUGUGGCUUACUUCAAAACACAGGGAAUUGUCCUCUCACAGCAGAUGAAAUAUUGAAUUUGAACACUAGGAACACAGAAGAUAUUGAUAAACUUGAGGAAAUUGUCUCCAGAUUGAAAAAAGAACAUGAAAAAGUAAGACAAGAAACAGUGAAAGUUAUACUAGGAGAACAAAAACUACAGGAUGAGAUUCGACGGAUCAAAUACGAUACCGAUGAACUAAAUAAGAGAUUAGGAACAAAACAUAAGAAGGCAACAAAAGAUCCUGAUCCUUUCCAUCAGCUGUAUGAACAGAGAAAAGAGGAAAGAAAGAAAAGUAAUUUAUCAGAAGGAGAAGAGCCAGAAGUCCACUAUCCAUUUAAGAUUAGUCCCUUUGACAAAGAAGCAUUAAGUUGGAAGUCCAUUAAGGGUUCUGACGUGUUCCUUAGCAACCAUUUAGUAGACAAUAAUAACAGUAAACAGUCAAUAGAAAAUGAAAUAGUUAUAGAAAAUUUACAUGAAUUUAGUGAUAAAUUUAUAGAAAGUUGGAGCAGUAGAAAACCUUCAGUAGAGAUGGAGAAAUCUGAGGAGGAAGAUCCAGUGUUUAUGAACGUAGAUGUAAAACCAGAGGAGUACAACCAGUGGCUGGGUGCUGGUUGGAAAGACGAACAAGUAUUAUCCAGUGACAAUCCACAAUUUUUAAGACUUCAUAAAAAACUGGUUGACCUUAAAAAAGAAAUGCAGAAAUUAAAUGGAGAAGUUGGUGGCAGAUUAAUGUUUAGAAAUCCAUCAGAUUAUUUAGCACGCAAAAAGGAAAAAGAAGAAGAGGAACAGAAAGAAAAAAGUAGAUUUGCAAGGCGCUCCAAGAGUUCUACUGAUAAAGAUUAUGUCGCAAAAAGACGUAGCUAUGUGAUUGAAAAAGACGAUUCUGAUUUCAAGGAAAGGAAAUCAAAAAGAGGAUCAUACACUUUUGAUCAUUCCUAUGACACUGAAACAAAAACUAAAGUCGAAAAACCUCAAAGAAGGUCAUUAAAGUCAGCAGAAAGUCAUAUUCCAAAACCUGUCACAAAAAGUGAAUCAUUGAAGAAAACUCGAGCACCACAGCCACCUAGUACAAAUCAGACUUCAGAAAGACCUAAAUCUCCUGCUCCUCAACCACCAGCAGUCAAUGAGACUCAACAGGAAACAAAGAAAUCUCCUGAAUCAGUAAAAUCUGCUUCAAUAGAGCCUCUGAUUGAGUUACCUGUAAAAUCUGAGUCCCCUAUUAGUACGCCAAGAGAAUCUCAGGUUGAGGAUACUCACAUCAUCUCUCAAGUGAAUUCACCAAGAGAAACUCAAUCAGAAACUUUAAAUAAACAUGAUCAAUCAAGUGCUUUGAGCAGAGAACCUUUAAUCUCAGUUGAGACCACAUCUAAGACUGGUGCUCCUGGAAAACCUAACCGACCUCCAAGAAAGAAGAAAGAAGUAGCCCCACAACCAACAGUACCUGUAAAAACAAUACAAGUAACAGAUGACUUAAAUACCAACAAAAUACAAGUUUCUGAAGACAUUUUAGAUAAAACAAAAGUUAGUGAGAUUGUAUCAGAUCAGGGUGAUAACAUUUCAUCAGAGGACAAAGAGGCCCGUCUACAGAUUCACAAUAAUCAAAUUUCUCAACAGGAAGAAAAAAUUGUUGAAGAAGAAUCAUACAUUGUUGAAAGUGGGACUUAUACAUUUAGACAAGUACAAAUUGUUAAUCCAGAUGUAGUAAGCACAGAAUUAAGUACCGCUGAUAAAAAUUCUGAUUUUAAGAAAGUUGAAAAUUUUGAGGUUGUGAGUGAUACACAAAAUGAUAAAAACAUUAAAGGAAUUUUGAAGAAGAAGGAAAAAGUUAUUGAAUCAACUAAAGCAGAUAUUAUUGUGAAAGAAAGUUAUACAGGUGUAAAUACUUCUCAGGGAAAUUACAUGACAGACGAUUUAGUUGACUUUAAUGAAGGUUAUGGUGACAUAACACAGUCAGAGAAAAGUCUUCCAGACCAUUUAGCUGACACCAUUUCUCUGACAUCACUAACAUCAUUGGAAUCAGUACCUCCACCUCUGCCAGAUAGCACACCACCUUUCCUCCCUGAUAUCCCACCCCCUACACCAGUACUGUCAAGAAAGAUUGAAGUCAGAAAACCUGACAUACAGUUUGAACAGAAUACAAACUUAGCUAUGAUGGAGGCCGUUGAGGUAGAGGAGGAAAUCAUGGAGAUACAGUCAUCAUCACAAGUUCAAAGUGAGGCUCCAUCUACUAGAGAUGAAGUAAUCUCACCACACAGCCAGAAGGUAGCUGAGUUGCGUGAUGAUUUCUUUGGAAUCAGUAAAAGUCCUCCACCUGCAGAGGCAACUGCUCUUACAGACAUGGAUGUUUAUUUAAAUGAUCUACAGUUAGAGGCUAAAACUAAGGAGUUAGAGGUAGAGGUCGACUCUGAUCUUUCUGAUACGGAGGAAGAUAAAAUAGGAUUUGAAGCUAUAUUUACACCAGGUGAUGGAGAAACUGGGACCUUACCUACCUCUCUUGAUGAUGAGGACCAUGAGAUCCACUUGAUAUCAUACAAUACUACCUCAUUACGAAGUCCAGAAUCACAGACCGACUCAGCAUUUGAGGACAUGGCAUCAAGCAUGCAUUCCAAUGACCCAGACAACUCUAACCAGUUCAGUCUCAGUAGUACACUGGAGGAUUUCCCAGAUGGCUUUGUUGUCAAGGAAACCAUCAGAGAAGUACAAACAGAAUAUGUAGAAUCAGACCCAGGAUCUAUGUCACCACCUGAAUCAUCGCCAAGGAAACCACAAUCUAUGACAUCACCACCUGUGAACAGAGACUCCUCAUCCUUCGUGACCAAAGCUAACAAAUUCUCCAGCAUUAUAAAUGAACCUCCAAAAAUUCACAUCCGAGCCAACACCAAAGAGAUGUCUGAUGCCCAUAUUCAGGAAGUUGAUGCCCAUAGGAAAGCUGUCAUUCAAAAUAGUACUGUCAAGAGGAAGAACGUUGGUUGGAGUGAUGAAGAAGAAGAAGAUAGCAGUAAUUUAACUCCUAGUAAUCCAUCCAUAGAAGUUAACACGGCAUCCAAUUCAUGGCGUGAAAACACAAAAUCAGUAAAUGGAAUAAAUUGGGAAGAAAAACCAGAAAAAGUUGACUUAUACAGUAAAAAUAUUGUUGAAGAGUCAGACACAUCUGAAAUUGUUGACCGUGAGUCGAUUGCAGAUUUGUCUUCCACACGUAAACAGUGGGAAACUUUCUGCAGAUCAACAAGUAACGAACCUAUUAAACCACAAGCAAAGAACAUCUCUCCAGCCAAACGCUGGGAAGUCAAGUUACCUUAUAAGUCUGAUCCACAACCUGCUAUCACAACUCCAAGGUCCGAAUCACCAGACAGAAUGUCUGACACAGAUGUAGACCCUUAUGCUAGUGAAAGUGCCAUAGAUAGAGAGAUUCGUCUUGCCAAUGAACGUGAGGAGAUGUUACGUAAGGAACAAGAGGAGAGAUUGGAAUUAAUCAAACGCCAAGCAGAAUCUAAACAAAACUUUGAAAAGAAAAAUAAUAAUAAUAGUAAAGAAUUUCAGACAAUGUACCAUGAAAUGACAGAAGCAGACCGAGGGUCUGAGCUUCAGAAAAGGGAGACAAUCAUACAACAGGAAAUCUUAGAAAACAAAGAGAGAGAGAAAGCCUUGAAAGUACGAACAUAUCAGGAAGAUUCAGAAAAUGAUGCAAAUGAGAGUGUAAUUGCUAAGGAAAUCCGACUUCAGCGUGAACGAGAGGAAGAAGUAUCCCAUCAGUAUGGUAAUGGUGAACCACAGACAAAUGAUGAAGACAUCACAUACGAAGAGGCUAUAGCAACAUACCAACAUGAAGGGGAAAGUCUUAUCGCCAAAGAAUUAAGAGAACAUCGGGAAAGAGAGGAGGAUUUGCAAAAACAACGUAAUACUGUUCAUCAGAGCACACGAAACACAACGAAAGUUCUGGAACAGGAAGUUCCAACAGUACAGAAAACAACACCUACACAGAAACAACAAAAAACACCGACACCAACAAUACAAAAACAAUCAUUCAACUCCUUCUUAUCUAGUCAGUCACCACAUAGCCAAAAUGUGCAGGACGAGUCAGAAGUUACCAAAAAACAAGCACCGAAAAAAGAAACACCUAUCGAACGUGAGAUAAGACAAGCUAGAGAAAGGGAAAACGAACUACGAUCACAAAAAGGUUUGCCAUUAUUAGUAGAUAAUUCUAAAGCAGAAAAAGUUGAAAGAGACAGUGUGACUGAAGAGGAAGAAAUUCAUUAUAGUGGUCGGUAUAAUUCAUCAACGAAUGAUACGCCAUCUAUGAGGAAAUUUGCCUCCUCAAGACUUCAAAAUGAAUUAGCAAAACAGAAGGAAAGAGAAAUGACCUAUAGAAAGGAAGGUAAAAUAAUGACAACUUCAGAAGAACAUAUUGAAACUCCAAUGAAAUUCUCUGAAGUACCAACAAAACUGACAGGACCAGUAAAAAGAAAUUUCGUUAUUCAUAAAGGUGGUUCUGGUAAACCCCUCGUAGAAAAUGGAGAGACUGAAUCAAAAGACAAUAUCACUUCUCCUGAACCAAGUAAAGAGGAACCAAAAUUUCGAUUAAAGUCAGGUGGUGCUGCUUUCUCAUAUCGGGAGUCACGGCAACACGCAGAGUCCAAAAUAGAAAAGGAACUAAGAGAAAUGAGAGAACGAGAAGAAGAACUAAAAAAACAAAGAAGAAGUAGUGGAGUUAUUUUAGACAGCUGAAGUUAUUAGCAAUACACAUUAUAUACGGUGCUUUAAAACAAUAGGGAAACAAUUCAAAUACCUGAAUGUUAUCCAAGGACAGAUAUUGUUUAUUAGUAAACAUUCUGACAUAUAUUACAGUCAGAAAAACUGAUGAAUUGUACCAUCAAUAGUCUGUAUGGAUGAAUAUGAAUGUGACAAAAGGGACAUAACUUCAACGAUUCAAGGGAAAGUAAUCCAUAAUCAUGAUAUUGUAUAAGAGCAUUACUUUCAUUAAAAUCACUUGCAGAAAACUUUUUAUUAAUGAUACAACAUAUCAAUCAAUAGUUAAAAUAACUUUAAAGUUGUGUAUUCUAACAAAUUUUAUAAUGAUGAGAAGUGCUAUGUAAAUGAAAAUUAAAUUUAUUAUUUAAAAAAAUACAUAGUUGUGUGAACUAUUAUGAUUUAUGAUGUAUAGCUCUAUAAAAAGAAUCUUAUAUAUUUUUAUUUUUUUACCAUUUUCUGCAUGAGUUCUAUGCAUUUAACGCUGUGAUUUAAAAAAAAUAUAUCAAAUAUGUAAUCAGAAUAAAUAAUUUUCUGAAUGCCAUAAAUUUUUAUCAUAAAAUUUAAGAGAAAUACAAUGAAGGUUUGAAUAAGAUUUUUUAUGUACAAGUCUUGCACAAAUUAUUGAUCAGAAUGAAUAAUUUUUGAAUUGGCAGAACAAUUUUCAAACAGUAUGCUGAAGGACUGAAUAAGAUUUUUUAUGACCAACUUUUCUGCGAGAGUUUAUAAUAUAUAUUUAUAAAUAGGUUUGUUCUAUAAAUCAUUGAUAUUUCUCUAUUUGGAAUGGAGGAUAAUAUGAUCUGAAAUGUAAAGCCUAGUGUAGACAUAUUUAAGAUUAAAUUAUUUGUUUUAAUUGUAUAUUUUACCGAUGAGUAAAAAUUGAAUGAUUUUAUGUGAAAUGUAAAUGUCGUUAAUCUCUUAAUUAAACAGAGUUACAUUUACUCUUGAAUAUAAAUAUUCUUGCUUUUUUAUAUAAAUCCUUAUUUUAUGUUUGUUCAAAUGCAAUUUAUUGUGUUUCAAAUGUGAUAUUAAACCGUUGUGUGUUAUUUACCAGAUAUAUUCAGAAGCUACAAUAUUAACUGAUAUCGCUUGUUAAUUUCUGUCAAUCAAAAUUAAUUUUCAAAUUAAUUCCAGUAUAACCAUGUGUGUUCAUGUAUCCUCAGUUGUUUAUAUGGUUUUGAAAGCUCUUACAAGUGUACCAUGUUUUAUUUCUUCAUAACUUUAAAAUUUCAUGACCUGUAAUGAGUUAUUCUAAAUAAAAUUUGAUGGUUGUAUAAUAUGAUCUGUAAACACUUUAUUUGGUAACUGUGCUACAUCUUCUUACAUUUGAAAUUUUAAAUAUAUUGGCCAUUAACCCAAUUAAAGCAUGGAUUGCUACAGAUGAUUACGAGCUCAACAUUUUUUUUUAUAGAAAAAUGGCACACACAAAAUCAAUUAAAACUUGGUUACAUGAUUAAUGUAUCCUUGUAAGAUAAUGAUAUACUUGGUUACAUGAUUAAUGUAUCCUUGUAAGAUAAUGAUAUACUUGGUUACAUGAUUAAUGUAUCCUUGUAAGAUAUACAUAUGAUAUACUUGGUUACAUGAUUAAUGUAUCCUUGUAAGAUAUACAUAUGAUAUACUUGGUUACAUGAUUAAUGUAUCCUUGUAAGAUAAUGAUAUACUUGGUUACAUGACUAAUGUAUCCUUGUAAGAUAUACAUAUGAUAUACUUGGUUACAUGAUUAAUGUAUCCUUGUAAGAUAUACAUAUGAUAUACUUGGUUACAUGAUUAAUGUAUCCUUGUAAGAUAUACAUAUGAUAUACUUGGUUACAUGAUUAAUGUAUCCUUGUAAGAUAUACAUAUGAUAUACUUGGUUACAUGAUUAAUGUAUCCUUGUAAGAUAUACAUAUGAUAUACUUGGUUACAUGAUUAAUGUAUCCUUGUAAGAUAUACAUAUGAUAUACUUGGUUACAUGAUUAAUGUAUCCUUGUAAGAUAUACAUAUGAUAUACUUGGUUACAUGAUUAAUGUAUCCUUGUAAGAUAUACAUAUGAUAUACUUGGUUACAUGAUUAAUGUAUCCUUGUAAGAUAUACAUAUGAUAUACUUGGUUACAUGAUUAAUGUAUCCUUGUAAGAUAUACAUAUGAUAUACUUGGUUACAUGAUUAAUGUAUCCUUGUAAGAUAUACAUAUGAUAUACUUGGUUACAUGAUUAAUGUAUCCUUGUAAGAUAUACAUAUGAUAUACUUGGUUACAUGAUUAAUGUAUCCUUGUAAGAUAUACAUAUGAUAUACUUGGUUACAUGAUUAAUGUAUCCUUGUAAGAUAUACAUAUGAUAUACUUGGUUACAUGAUUAAUGUAUCCUUGUAAGAUAUACAUAUGAUAUACUUGGUUACAUGAUUAAUGUAUCCUUGUAAGAUAUACAUAUGAUAUACUUGGUUACAUGAUUAAUGUAUCCUUGUAAGAUAAUGAUAUACUUGGUUACAUGACUAAUGUAUCCUUGUAAGAUAUACAUAUGAUAUAUGUUUUGAUGUAUUCAUUUAAAAUUUGAUGAAACUGGUAAAAUUACUCUUAGAAUUUAAAAUUCUGUCAUUACCUGUUUAUUCAAAAGAGCAAAAUGGAAGGAAACAUCUUUUUUCAUGAUCAAAUACUUAAUUGAUUUCUUAUCUCCCUAUGUGUUACGUGUUUGUCAUCAUAAUGAGAAUAUGAUGCCUGAGAACAUCAUGAUAAAUACAGUGAUUUAAAGGGAGAAGCUCCUUUUCACCUGAUAAGAUCAUACAACGUGGCCAUGCUUUAUCCUUUCGUUGCUUUUCAGGAAUUCGACAAGGUAAUAUAUUGACAAUUCAAGAAACAUCUCCUUUUCAUUUUUCUAUCAAGAUGUUUAAUACUAACAGGUACAUUGGGAAACAUAUCAGUAAUGUCAUUUUCAUGAAUACUAACUAUGAAAGGGACUGAGCUGGUCAGUUUUGUAAACAUUUGUAUAUGUCCGAUUUUAUUGUACAUUCCAGUUAUAUAUUAAGUGCAAGUUUGACAUUUUACAUAUCAUAUCUAUAUUUUCUGUUAUUCUUACAAAUUAUAUUAAAUAAAAGUCUUAAUAUUGAAA